AUGAAUAACAUGGAGCUUAUGCAUUUACCAAACGAGCUUCUUGAGCAUAUCGUUGAAUAUACCUUGCCAGAGGGCUUUGAUCGUCUUGCAUUAACUUGCAAGCGCUUUCAUGUUCUAUGUACCCCGUUUCUUGCGUACCACAACAGACUACGCUGGCAUUUCCAGAAGUUCCACUACAAGACAAAGAAGGUGGUGAAGAGCAGACUUGCUAUACUCCAAAUCCCUGACGUAGUCAGCUCGGGGUUUAACUUGAUUACGAGGAUUGCUGUAGAUCCUGUUGUAGCGCACUACAUUCAAGAGGCGGAUUUUGUAAAGGAUAGUGAAAUAUCGAUGGGCAAACCGCGUGAUUUUGUGACUGACGGAUCUCAUGAUGAAGCUAUGAUGCGAAUGCUUGCCGGUUCCCAUAUAAAACAAGCAGGUUUAGACUGGAAGGAAUACUGGGUUGUAAUUCAGGAAGACCUUAACGAUGGUCGUUAUUCACAACAUGCUGCAGCGUUUGCUCUGACUCUCCUUCCCAAUGUCAAGUUUCUCGGCCUGCCGAAGUGGUGGAAGCCACCAGCGGCACCUGAUAAACUUAUCGACACUAUGAUUUCGAAGGCUCGAAAUAACCUUAGUUGCAACACCUGCCUUGCUCAAAGGUCCGAGGGCUGA